AUGGCAUAUUUUCGUAAUUUAUUUGGUGGACAAAACGAUAAAAGUCGAGAUUUAGCGAAUAAUGCGGCAGAAAUUAUUGAAAAUUUAGUGGAACGAGUUGAAACUUCAACAGCACUUGAUGAUCGACGAGAUGCUUUAAAAGCUUUACGUUCACUCGCUAAAAAAAUGCGUUUGCCAGUAGCAACGAUUGGUAUGAAUGCGUAUAUGGAUAUACUCGAAAAAGAGAGUCUUAGUCCAGAUAUCGUUGCUAUUACGUUAGAAAUUCUUGUUGCUGUUGUAAGCGAUGAUGAGGAUUCUGAAGAAGGAUUUAUCGAGGAUAAAUUUCAAGGUAAUGACGAAAUUAGUGAACGUCUUGCCGAAAUAAUCGUUCGUAAGAAAAAAUUUAUCCCAUCAGUGAUUGCACUAAUUGAAUCGUAUGAUUUCAAUGUUCGUAGAGCAGCAAUACAACUUUUAACAGCAUUACUAAGACAUCGGGCUAGUGAAGUGCAAGCAAUGGUUAUUGAACAACCAGUAGGUGUAUCUCGGCUUCUCCAACUUUUGUAUGAUACCAGAGAAAUAAUAAGAAAUAAUGCAGUAUUAAUGUUGGGCGAAUUAAGUCGUAGUAAUUCGCAAAUUCAGCAACUCUUGGCUUAUGAAAAUACUUUUCAGCUUCUUCUAGAUAUUAUUGACCUCGAACCCGUUGAAAGUAUCGUCAUCGAGGAUUGUCUUUUUGUUAUACUGAAUUUGCUUCGUAAAAAUUCGAGCAACCAAGAGUUAUUUCGAGAAGCUAGUUUGGUACAGCGUCUUUCCGUAUUACUGCACUUAUUUUUUUAUGGGCGCGAAGAUGAAACAGAUGGAAAUCAAGAAUCUGAGUGGCCUAGGCAAAAAAUUGCUAACUUAAUUUUUUUGCUCCAAGUCAUUCGUAGUUUAGUCUCUCCGUCAGAAAACGCUCAAUCCACUGUGUCAAUUGCACAGAAAACAAUAAAUAGAUCAGGGAUUUUAAGCGAACUUUGUGAUGUGUUACUAUCUGAAUUAGGACUAUCUGUUGAUAUAUUAACGGAGACUGUAACAGCCGUUGCCGAAAUAAUACGAGGAAAUUACGCUAAUCAAGAAUAUUUUGCUUCACGUUCUUUAAUGACCACAGCUGGUACGAGGCCAUCACUUAUUGUUCUGUUAAUGUCGAUGACAACUGAAAAGCAACCAUUUAAGCUUCGUUGUGCCGUCUUUUAUUGUUUUUUGUCAUAUCUGCAUGAAAAUGAAUUCGGUAAAACAAAGACGAUAGAUACUCUUUUACCUGCUAAUUCAACAAAUGAAUCUGAGGUCACUACUGGCCAGUGUAUAUGUUCUGCUAUACUUAGUUCUGAGGGAAUACAGGUAUGGAUGGGAUGCGUGUGCCUUAUGCAUUGCAUACUUGAUGUCGACCAUCUCAAACAACAACUUUUGAGAGUACAAUUGUCGACUACAGUUACUGAUGUACCAUCGUCACUACUGCAGCACGUUGGAAGCUUGCUGGUUUCUUUGGGAAAUCGGAAGCCACAAGUGCGAAUCGGAUUACUCAUGCUUUUAUCUGUUUGGCUUUGCAAUUCACCAUUGGUUAUAUCACAUUUUCUCCAGGUUGACGAAAAUAUUCAAUAUCUUACCACUUACAUUGAUGAUUGUGGUGUUGAAGGAACGGAAAGUGAGAAUCAAGUGGUUAAAGGAUUGAUGGCUGUUGUAUUGACAAUAUUUGAACGCCGUAUUGGUAAAAUAAAAUUGAUUGAAUUGUUCGAAGAAAUAUCGCGUAGUGAACAUUAUGUACGAGCUGCUCAACGGCCGCAACCAUUAGCAAAGUCUUCUCAAGAACUGAUCCUCGAUUAUCAGUUCUCUAAAUUUUUUAAAGUCCUUGAAGGUCAAUUAACGAAGCUUCUUCGUCCUGAAUUUGAGUCUACUUCAUCUGAAAUGAACGGGGCCACUGGUAGUGUAGUUGCAUCAUUCAAAGAGUUAAUCAAAAGGCAAGAUGAAACCAUUGCUGACCUCAACCAACAAUUAAAGAAACUAAAUGAUGAGCUAAGUUCGAAUGUACAAUUUUUUGUUGCUUUUGUUAAAGUUAAUGGUAAAAGUUAUCACAAUGAGGUUAUUUCUGGCAAAGAAUUGGCUGAAAAGUGUACAUUAGAUGAUCAUAAGAAGGAAAUCGAUCGAUUCGCUACUGAGCAUUAUCAAAACAUAGUUUCUCAAUGGCAGGCUUAUACUCAACGUUAUCAACAGUGGGCUGAACAAUGGCAGGAAUAUCAGAUAUCUCAGUUACCAAAUCCACAAGACACUGUCGUGAAUCAGCUAAAUAUGCAAGUGAAAGAGUUAGAGGAGCAGCUUAAUUAUGGAUGGCAAAUGUAUGAAGCUCAAACAUCCUCUCUUGUUCAAUCAGUGAAUGAAUGCUAUGAAUUAAAGGCUCAAAUUAAAUCAUUACAAGAUCAGUUAGCUACUGCUGUUCAACAGUUAAAUUUAUUUAAUUCUGGGCAUAAAUCUGUUGAAGUGAAUAAUUCGGAAGAAUUAAUAUCUUUGAAGAAAGAACAAGAAGAUUUGCUUGUUCUACUUGCUGACCAAGACCUGAAAAUCAGCCAGUAUAGACAAAGGCUCGUCGAUCUUGGCCAAGCAGUAACUGAUGACGAGGAAUGUGUCAACUGA